AUGUCGGAUUCUGACCUCGACAAGAAGCGGAACAAGCUCGGAUACCAACGGAUCUCCAUUGCGUGUGCGCACUGUCGCCGUCGCAAGAUACGAUGCUUGCUGUCCGAAGACGAGAACGAACCGCGAUGCCAGAACUGCAUUCGCCUCAAGAAAGAAUGCGUCUUCUACCCGGUCGACCAGCAGGCCGCCAUCGACGCUCGAUCCGAGUCUUCCAGUAGGUCUGGCGCACAACCAUCAGGCCCAUCAUCUGCUGUCUCCACGUCGCCGACUCAAAUGGACCCGACAACUUUCGAACACGCUCAUCCCUUUGGCAGCGGAUUUCAAAACGUGCCGCAAGAAAGCACGCCGGGCUUUCAAGGCAUGCCCAUUCCGUCGAAUCAUCUUCAAAUGCAAGCCCCCUUCUCGUUACAACACAGCCAGCGGAGCGGAUGUAGCGCCCUUUCCUUCAUCGCCGAAUGUCUCGCAAGCGGAGUCCUUUUCUCAUCCGUCUGA